AUGUCGUCGUCAUAUGCUUUGACGUUACCAUCUAACUGCCGCAGAGCCUUGCAUUCAUACCUGACGCUCACCUUCUCAUCACCUCACGAAUGGUUCGCUGGCUUUGCUAGGUCAUCCAUUCGAGCCUUCUUAUCGAAUGCUAUCAAGAAAGGACACCUCUGCAUCGAGGAUCCCACUGGUACUUUCGAGUACGGCCAUGAUUCAAAGUCUGAGACCUCUGUGCGGAUACGCGUACACCAAGAGGAAUUUUGGCUGAAAGUGUUUUUGUCUGGCGACCUUGGAUUUAGCGAGGCCUACAUGGUGGGUGCCAUUGAGAUAGACAACCUCAAGGGUGCCAUGGAUCUGUGGCUCGACAACCAAUCUGAAAUGGCUUCUCUGUCGUCCAGACUGGGCCAAGCCUACUCAGUCUUGUCCGGCCUGUCAAACGCACUUCUCGGACAGACCCGGUCUCAAGCCCGUUUGAAUGCCAUGGCGAGCUACGAUCAAUCAAACGAGCUGUUUAAGGCAUUCUUGAGCGAGGAGAUGAUGUACUCCUGCGCUCUGUGGGGCCCAGAAGAGGGGGGUGUGAAUGGCGACGUUACUGAUAGACCCACCUCGAGGGAUCUAGAGGCCGCGCAGCUGCGAAAGAUCCGCUAUGUCCUUACGAAGGCAAGAGUACGACCAGGACAUCGUAUUUUGGAAUUCGGGUCAGGGUGGGGUGGUCUAGCGAUAGAGGCCGCUCGCACGUAUGGCUGCGAAGUCGAUAGCUUAACGCUGUCCGCCGAGCAGAAGAAGCUUGCCGAAGAGAGAAUCCACGCAGCAGGUCUAGAAGGACGCGUCCGAGUCCACCUGAUGGACUACCGGGAUAUACCUGCGGAGUUCGAGCAAGCUUUUGAUGCUUUCAUCAGCAUCGAAAUGCUAGAACACGUCGGCUCUCAGCACUAUCGGCAAUACUUCAAGCUGGUAGACUUCGCCCUCAAACCAAAAAAUGCGACUAUUGUGGUCAGUUCAUCCACCUUCCCGGAGGGCCGGUACACGGGAUACCAGGCGGAGGAUUUUAUGCGCAAAUAUAUGUGGCCAAAUUCAUGUCUACCAUCUGCGACCGUACUAGUGCAAGCCGUUCAGACAUCGUCUCGGGGCCGCUUCACCCUCGAGGGCGUCGAAAACCACGCAGCUCAUUAUCCUCGUACCUUGAGAACGUGGGGUCGUCGACUUGAGAAUGAUCUCAAACAAGAAGUCGUCGCCAAAGAAAUCCCCGCUCUAUGUAACGCCGCCACCUACGCCAUGUUCAAGCGCAAGUGGGAAUACCUCUUCGCUUACGCAGGAGAAGGUUUCGCCAGAGGUUACAUCACUUGUCACAUGCUAACCUUCAUUCGAGCGGGUGAUUGUCCUACGGCUUGA